GUACCCUGUGAUCUGGUUCUCCGACGACGACGACGACGACGACGACGACGACGACGACGACGAAACCCUAGCGAGCUCCGACAAUGGCGACAUUGCUCCCUCUCCUCUUCCUACUACUACUAUCGCCCGAUCUCCUCUCCUUCGCGCAGAUCUCGCUCCCUCCCUCCGCCGAAGCCCCUUCCCUUUCCCUCCCCCCGUCCGCGUCGGCCCCUUUCUCACACCUCUCGCCCCCCUCGCCGCUUCCACACUCGCCCUACUCAUCCCCCGCGCCGUCUCCGACACCGCCGGGGCCAUCGCCUUCCCCAUCGCCGGCGCCGGGGCGGGAGGAGAUCAAGGCCGGGGGAGGCGGCGGCGAGGCGGAUCAGGGGGAGGACGACAAGGGGGGAGGAGGAGGAGAGGAGCGCAAGGGGAUGAGCGCGGGGAGGAAGGCGGGGAUCGUGGUGGGGGUGGCGGCGGCGGCGGCGGCGGUGGGGCUCGGCGCCGCCGUGUACAAGAAGCGCCGGGACAACAUCCGACGUUCCCGCUAUGGCGGCGGCGGCGGCGGCGGCGAGUACUACGGAGGUAGGGUUGAGAUGAUUUGAUCUCCUCCUCUUCGCCUUCGUGUUCUUCGUCUUCGUCUUCGAUCUCGGUCGCAUAGGUUUUUGUUAUGCGUUCGUUCGUCUGCUCGUUUUCGGAUCUUUUCUACUGGGAGUGGACGAUGAGAAAAAAAAAAAAGGUACGCUUAUUUAAUAUUUUCAUCGAAAUUAUUUUUGAUUCGUUAGCUAUUACUUGAGAUGUGGUGUAGUGAAAGUGGAAUUUAUAGGGUUUAUUACUAUUGUUAUUAUUAUUAUUUUGGCAUAUGAAUUUGAAAUUUCGUUGGGAUCAGUUUAGAUCUGAAUGGUGGAUUACAAUUAUACAGGUUCUUAAUUGUGACGAGUUAUUCCUUUUUGUUAUA